CCUGAAAAUUGUCAUAGUAAUUAAUUGUGGAAUAUACCAGUACUUGAAAAAAAGAUGCUGUCCUAGAGAGAACCGACUUCAGCUGUCCUCAUCAGCUAUGAAAAACUUGUCUAUUUAAUUUAUCUUGAGUGGCAGGAAAUUUACAGCUUCUUGGCUCCUGUAUACAGUACAUUGCAUUCUAGUUACAGUUAGUGGAUUAUUUGGACAGUCUAUAGCAAAUAAACAAAAGAAUAAGGUGCGAGUAUAUGAUGUAAAAGACACCAGGUCAUAUCAUUUGACAGAUCUGUUUUAGAGAAAAUAACCCAACAGUACAAAGACAAGUUUAUACAGACAGACUGAGAAUUAAAGGUGUUAUUCCAAGGCUACGAAUGUUGGACCUACGGAACAGAUGUUAGAACGGAUUGUAUAUUAUAUAGAAGUUACAACAAUAUGAUGUUCAAGUCAAUGUUUAACAGACCUUCAUGCCUUUGAAAGUAACCAUCAUAGAACAUCGGAAUAUACAACUUAAUUAUUACAUGGGUUAUAUCAAUGCAGUUUGGCACCAAAAGAUUUUACCAUGUGGAAGAAAAUAUUAGCUGCUGUGUUAGGUAUACUGGUGGGAUAUUGGUUAAUAGAUGAUUUUGAUCCAGAUCUGUUGAAAGGAAAGAGAGUUCUUAUAACUGGGGCAUCAGCUGGCAUAGGAGAACAGAUGGCUUAUCACUAUGCAAAGAUGGGAGCCAAUGUAAUUGUUACUGCUAGGCGAGAACAAAAACUACAAGAGGUUGUUGCUAAAUGUAAAGAACUUGGCCGACCAGAUGGAAUUUACCAUUAUAUAUCAGCUGAUAUGAGUAACCUAACUUCUACAGAACAAGUCAUAAGGGAAGCCCAUGCCAAAUUAGGAGGAAUUGAUUACUUAGUAUUAAAUCAUAUCAUCGUGAUUCCGUUAGGCAUGUGGAGAGGAACAGUGGAUAAUCUCACACGGAUGGAUAAAAUUGUGGAUGUAAAUUAUAAAUCUUAUGUACAUCUCACGUCUCAUGCAUUACCUCUAUUGGAAGAAUCUCGUGGUAGCAUUGUAGUCGUGUCUUCAUUAGCAGGUAAAGUAGCUCAGCCAUUUUCUGGUGUUUAUUCCUCCACAAAGUUUGCAUUAGAUGGAUUUUUUGGAAGUAUUCGACAAGAAUUUGCUUUGAGGAACUGUGAUGUGUCAAUAACAUUAUGUGUUAUUGGCUUAGUAGGUACAGAAAGUGCUAUAUCAGAAUUGAGAAAUUUUGGACAACAUUUUUUACUUAAAUACAUAAAAGCAGCAGAACCUCCAGAUGCUGCCUAUGCAAUAAUAAGAGGCGGAGCUUUACGAGCGAGAGAGAUAUAUUUUCCUUAUAUGGAAACAAGAGUAUUAACAUUGUUACGAGAUUUAUUGCCGAGGACGGUGGACUAUAUAAACAGAUGGGUUUACACGACAAGUUGAAAAUGUGUUCUGUAACGAAAUAUUUUCUAGUCAAAUGUUCUUGUUAAUGCUUGCAAUGUGAAUCAUUGUUCAUCACUGCAGUGAAGAGUCCAGUCCAAAGAUUUGAAAUCCUCUAUACUCAUAGCAAUAGAAAAGAGAGUUGUAGAGAAAAUUCAAUAUUUAGUUAUCUCCCUGGAGUAAACUAUUCCCCUUUACUAAUUUAUCUCCCUUGACCAAGUUACCUUGUGGUGACUGUUUAACAUGCUAGCUUUUAGUCAGUAGAACUAUAUGUUUGGUUUCUUACACAGGCUACAUGAUUUUGAAAUUUAAAAUGUUUUUCAUUUGAGACUAAAGUUUUACUCAGGUGACUUAUUUUUAUUGUUGCUUAGACACUUUUUAAAUCCACAAAAUCAAAUAAUUUAAUUUUGGAUGUGACAUGUCUUCUGAUUGGCUGACGUUAUUUUGUUAUGAGCCCAUAGACAUAAUUUAGUCAUUUGACCGUGAUGUCAUCAACAUUUUUUCAUGGUUUUCUACGGUUUAAAAUAGAAUUUAGAAUUAAAUUAUAAAUUAAGAAAUGACUGUAAUAUUUUUUCUGUCUAUGAAGAAAUAACAUAAAAAAUUUGGUGCACACUGAAUAACGCGUGUAUGUGAAGCAAGAAUCACAUUAUAAACAACAACAUAACAAAAGGAUUUUCUAUUGUAAAAUUAAAUGAAGAAUUUUCUUUGCUGAAAAGACAAAAAAAAAUUAAUAUGCAGUUAUGUUAAAUUCAGCUUUUUUAUGCUAUGCAACUGUUACGAUUCAAAAUCUUGUUUGUGUAUUAUUGCAAUGGCUGUUCUGUGCUCAUGUAUAAUUUUGUGUAAGAUGGGGUUUAAAAAUCACCUUAAGAACAAAAAAGACUGACUGAUGUGUUAUUUUCUUCAUCAUAAUAUUGCUUACCUAAUUUUAUAACUGCUGAGGCCAAAUAUUGUAAAUUGGUUGAUUUUUUUUAUACAUAUACAAUUAAAAGCAAAUCGAAAUGAAUAAAUUUUGCUCCCAUACAGAUUGUAUUGGUGGGGGAGCCACGAAAUUGAAUUUAAAGGAACAAAUGCACAAAAUUCAAUUCCUUUGAAAUAGCAAUUUGACUGUCCAGGAAAAUGUAAGACAAUGGGAAAAUAAUAAUUGAUUCCAGUUAGAUUUUAUUAAUUAGUUACAUGGAUUCUUUUUUUUAGGGGCAUUUUAUUGUAUAUUCAAACUUCAUGGUGUUUAAGCAAUGUCUAAUGAUACAUCUACAAAGUCAUUCUUUUGAGACUUUUGAUAAUUAAGUGCCAGUCAGCCUAAGAAUCAGGCAGUGGUAAAAACAUGACCAAAAAGAAACCCACCAAAUUUGACAUUGAUUUCAGUUCAUAAUAUGUAGUUAUGCACAAAAAUAACAUUCAUUUCCAUAUUCGCUUCUUGUAAAAGAAGAUACAAUUUGGUUGAAAUGCACUAGAAAUUAAUGAAUAAGGGGAGAUAACUCUGUGAUUUGCUAUCAUUCUUACCAAUUUUCUAACCAAGUUUUUUUUAUACUACCAGACACACACAAAAGAAAGUAUUAAAUAGCAUGAUUAGCUUGGUGGGUUUUUUCUAAUCAUGUUGAAAUUUUUACCUAAAUUGCCUGAUUCUUACAAAGACUGGCACUUAAUAAAGCUUACUAUAUGCGUUAUGGGCUUUGCUCAUUGUUGAAGGCCGUACGGUGACCUAUAAUUGUUAAUGUUUGUGUAAUUUUGGUCUUUUGUGGAUAGUUGUCUCAUUGGCAAUCAUACCACAUUUUCUUUUUUAUAUCAAUUAUAUGGGAAAAAAUAUAAAAGACUUGUCCUCAAUCAUUGUAUUUAUGUUGUAAUGUUGAUUUAUUGUAUGUAUGAGCUUCUGUUUUAGGUUGACAGAAUAAAUAAUGGCCAAAAUUAAUGGCUAACAAAACAAAGAAUAAAGUAAAAUUAGACUAAAUAAUAAAGAAUAGAAGGAACUAUACCACAUAUAUUUUUAUAUAGGCUCACAAAAUACUGUAAACCAACUUAUUUUCAUGAGCGAUUUAUUUUCACGACUUUGGCGAGUAGAAAAAAAAACGCAAAUAUAAAUUGUCGCGAAUAUGUCAAACGUGGAUCUUUCCGUAUUAAACUUUAUCAAAUACAACAGAAAAUCUCGAAAUUAAAUAGCCACGAAGUGGUCAAGAAAGAGAAAAAGCAAAAUAAAGUAUCUGCGAAAAUAAGUUAGUUUACAGUAAUAAAUACAGAAUAAUGUGCAAAAUAAAAAAAGAAUAUGAGAAAAUUCAAUAGUAAAGGAAUGAAUAAACCCUCCCUUCCAGACACAGUUGUAAUGAAGGGAGGGGUUUUCUUUUAUUCAUUAAUUGAAAACCUUAAAUUGUUACAAGAUAUUUUAAUAAUUUAUUGUGACGAGGUUUUAAAAUAACUCACAAUACUGUUAGAGUAAAUGGUUGUCUGCUAAUCCUUACAAUUGUAUGAUUUUGUUGCUUAGAUUAUGUCAGGCAUUUUAUUGUAUAUUUAUUUCUACAGAUUGUUUUGGAUUUUAUUUUGGUGGAAGUGGGGUCUCAUUUUAAAGUUAAGGUGGUACCCAACACCUUCACUAAAAUUAAUUUGGCUCUUUUAAUUUUCAUAAAAUUUUGUCAAAGUAUUUACUUUGACCCUUUAACAAAAAUAUAAAAAUUAAUUUUUUUUUGAACCAACCGUUUUGUCAGAAAAAUUACACUGGUUAGAUAGCAGUUUGACAAACACUCAUUUUGAUCAUUGAGAAGCUUAAUAUUCCCUUAACAACACAACGUAAUUAAAACGUUACUCUGAUUUUACAGAGUUAUCUCCCUGUAGUGAUAGGUACCACCUUGAUUAUUUUGGUUUGCUUCAGUUAUGGUUGACACCAGUUCAAAGAACAUAAGAACAGGACCCUUUUUGUAAUUGCAUUUUAUCUUUUGCAAAAGUAUCUAAAAUUUGAACCACAAAAAAUAUAACAUCGAGUUUAGUCAAUUAUUUUCAGAUACAUUGGUGCUGAUAAACUUGUUUGUUGCUAUAAUUAAAAUUUGAUAGUGAGACAAGCUGUUGCAAACAACCAGCAAAUAAUGUCUUACUAAAAACCUUUUAGAAAAAUAGCAGCAACGUGUUAAAAUUAAGAUUGCUUUAUUUGUUUGUUCAAUAUAGAUCUUUUAGACUAGUUCGACAAUAGGAUAUCAAAUCUAAAGGUAUCUAAACCAUAUUGGACCACAGUGAUUUAGUUAAUUUUUUUUAACUAUACACUGCAAAAUCUUGACUAGAAAUGAAAAAACAUAAAAAAAAUCAUUGUUGUUAUGAAAGAAAAAUCAACUGGAAAAUUUAAACAAGUAUGUUGGCUUUACUAACUCAGAAAUAUUUAUUAUUUCUAAAAUUGUGUAAUUUUUUUGAUAUGGGAAAAAAAUCCACCAUUUGAACUUUUAUAAAGAUACCUUAAAACGAUAUUAGAUUACGAAAUCCUUACAAUAAAGACAUUUCUAUGUAGAGAUUUUGUUGCUGUAGACUUACAACUUCCACAUGAGGGAUUAUUUUUCACUGAAUUAGCAUUCACACGAAAUAUACCCACUUAGAAUACUGUAAAUUCAGAAAUAAGUGCAUCCGUAUCAAAUUCACAAUAAUAUAAAUUUGCAUUCAUAAUUUUAUUAAGUUAUUAUUUUUCACAAAAUAGCACGAAAUUGCAAUUAUAAGAUCUCACAGUUUGUGAUUUACAUAAUAAAUGAAUGCAUAAUUUCUGACUUCAUGGUAGCUUUUGCAAAAUUGUAAUAUGAGAAGGGUGCAUUAAUUGUUAAAUGCAGAAAAUUGUGAAAAUAACAACCCUGGAAAAUCUCCAAGUAUACUAUAUAUGUUUCUUUGUUUUAAUGCAUGACUACCUCCUAUUUAUAUCAUUGUUAAACAUGUUUAUAAAAUAAAAUACUCAUAAUAA